UUCAUUCUCACCCUCAAACCCUAAUAAUACAUACAUAUAUCAUCCUCUUUUUAUUUUUAUUAUUAUUUUUUAAUUUCAUAAUAAUAUUUAGAUCUGAAUCCAAAACUCAAACCAAUAUGCAUAUUCAUUAAUCUCUAAUUUCAGUUUUCAAUUCAAAAUCAAAUCAAUGAAACUACAAAAUACAAUUAAAUUAAAAACAAUAAUAAUGUCUGACCACCAGAUUCAUCAGCACCCUUCAUUUCCAUCAUCUAAUCAAAGAUCAACGCCCCUCAUUCUUCCACCUCCUUGCCUUCAUUUAUCCCAGUUUAAAUCCGACCAUGGAACGACAGCGUUUAGCAAGUUACUAGAUUCCAUCAGGGUGAAACCUCUGGGCCGCGCGUCUAUUCGACGCGCCAGGAUCGAGCCUUUAAAAUGUGGCGCGUGUGUACGUGAUACACGCGGGGCGGGGCGUUUAUAUUUGUGCGUGACCUGUGAUGAUGUGGUGUGUGAUUCUCACGCGCCUGAUCAUAUGCACGAGAUCGUGAUUGAUAUCGAUCGCGCGGAGCUGUAUUGCGGCUCGUGCGGCGAUCAGGUGUAUGAUCGCGAUUUCGAUCGCGUGGUCAUGUUGACUCAGACGGCAUUAAGCGGCUGUAACUCGCUUUGUGCGCCGGCGCCGCCUGAGAAUUUGAGGAAGCGGCGGCGUGUCGAUUAUCGUCCCUGGACGCCGGAUCCGAGAGAAGAGGCGUUGAUAGGGACGAGCACAAGUUUAUUACCUGAAAAUGACGAGAAUUUGCCAGUUGGACUAAAAGGGCUAAAUAAUUUAGGAAAUACUUGUUUCAUGAAUUCGGUAUUGCAGGCAUUGUUGCACACACCUCCAUUGCGGAAUUAUUUCCUUAGCGAUAGGCAUAAUCGAUUUGUUUGUGAGCAAAAGAAUGGAAUCCAUCCGAGGUUGUGUUUGGCUUGUGACACAGAUGCAUUGUUUUCGGCUGUUUUUUCUGGUGACCGGAAACCGUACAGCCCUGCUAAGUUCUUGUUCAGUUGGUGGCAGCAUGCUGGAAACCUGGCGAGUUACGAGCAGCAGGAUGCCCAUGAGUUUUUCAUUUCGAUGCUCGAUGGGAUUCAUGAAAAAGUGGAGAAAGAUGUGCGUAAAUCUCAUAAUCAAGGUAGUGGGGACUGUUGUAUCGCCCAUAGAGUAUUCUCUGGAAUACUGCGAUCCGAUGUCAUGUGCACAGCAUGUGGUUUUACAUCCACAACAUACGAUCCUUGCGUAGACAUCUCUUUGGAUUUGCCACCUAACCAUGAAGGAUCUGGAAAACCAUCCACAAAAACCCUUCAUUCUUGCAACGGGAAUGCGGAAACCAUGAACUCGGGGGUGCUUACACUAUUAGGGUGUCUGGACCGAUUCACAAGACCAGAAAGGUUAGGUUCUGACCAGAAAUUCUUCUGCCAACAGUGUCAAGUGAGACAGGAAUCCCUCAAGCAGAUGUCUAUAAGAAAGCUUCCAUUGGUUUCUUGUUUUCACAUAAAAAGAUUUGAGCAUUCUUCAGUAAGAAAGAUGUCAAGGAAGGUUGACCGCUACCUGCAAUUCCCCCUCUCCUUAGACAUGUCUCCUUAUCUUUCGUCAUCCAUAUUAAGGAGUAGAUUUGGGAAUCGGAUUUUUGGACUCGAUGGGGAUAAUGAACCAGAUUGUUCCAGCGAGUCAACUUCAGAGUUUGAGUUGUUUGCUGUUGUGACACACACAGGUAAACUCGAUGCUGGCCAUUAUUCAACAUAUUUGAGGCUCAGUAAUCAAUGGUACAAGUGUGAUGAUGCAUGGGUGACUCGAGUGAACGAGAAUAUUGUGAGGGCUGCUCAAGGAUACAUGAUGUUUUAUGUUCAGAAAAUGCUUUAUUACAAGGCGAGCGAGAGAAUUGGUACCUCAUGAAAAACAAGCAAAUGGUUUUUUGAUUGGUAGAAAAGGUUUUGAGGUUUUUCCGUUUAACUAAACUAUCUAGCAUUGAAUGUUAAUCAAGUGUUGAUUCUUCUGCAUAUUUUUUGUCAACCCCUUCAGUCGAAUCUUGCAACACUUGAGUUAAGUCAUACCCGAAUUAUGUACAUUAACAGUGUUCGAUUACAGAAGAAAUUUUUAAUUUCCGUAUUUAUUUGGCAUGUUUGUAUGCAAA